AAGGUGGACACAGAAUAAGAGAGGAGGAAACGAACGCUGGUCAGAAGGGAGGAACCACGAGAGAAGCAACAGGUCUCAAAGAUGUAUAACAACCCUUCUCAUGUAAACUACGGAUUUCAGUAUGAAGAAGAAAGACCGCCGCCACAAGCACCUGAAUAUCCGCCGCCGUAUUAUCCCUCCGUACCUCUGUACUCCAACUUCCCACGCACACCUGCACUUGCACCUGUACAAGCACCCAUCAAUACACACUAUACUGUCACAGCCGGACUUCCUUAUACCCCAUCAACACAAAAAGCCAGCAGAAGUCGAUGUCUAUGUAUAACGGCAGCAGUUGUUAUCAUCGUCCUCAUUAUCUUGGCAGUAGCAGCUGUGUUGAUCUGGUACUUCUUGUUCAGCGCGUGUGUGAUGGGGCGGAGAUGUGGACAGAGCAGCAUGUGUGUGCGCUCAUGGCAGUGGUGUAAUGGACAAACGGAUUGUCCAGCGGGCGAGGACGAGGCCCAGUGCUUUCGCUUCUACGGUUCUAAUCUCAUGCUGCAAAGCUUUUCAAACAAAGACCAAAAGUGGAAGGCAGUGUGUUCAGACAGAUGGGACAACACCAUUGGGAAGCAGGUGUGCCAACAGAUUGGUUACUCCAGUUCUGACUAUGUUAGCUAUGGGACAAUAAAUCCAAGCUUGAGCUCAGCAGACGGCUACAUGAUCCUCAAAUCUGAUUUCUCAAAUGCAUACAGUGCUGAGUCUGUACACGACUCACUCUCUGACAGUUCGAGCUGCCCAACAAAUACAGCAGUGACCUUGAAAUGCAUCGGUUGUGGAUCCUCUCUUGUCCCUGGAGUGCGCAUUGUCGGAGGGGUUACAGUAAACACUUUGGGGCGCUGGCCCUGGCAGGUCAGUCUGCAGGCCAUGGGGAGCCACAUGUGCGGAGGAUCCAUCAUCACUCCAUCGUGGAUAGUCACAGCUGCUCAUUGCGUUCAGACAUUUUCAUCUCCAAGUCAGUGGAAGGUGUUUGCAGGGUUUCUGACCCUGACCCAGAUGUCUUCCUCCAUCGGCAACUCUGUCAUUCAGGUUAUUGCCCACCCUGGCUAUGACCCUGAUAACAAUAACAAUGAUAUUGCGCUGAUGAAACUGUGGUCACCGCUCCGAAUGUCGUCCAACAUUGCACCAGUGUGCUUGCCAAACACCGGUCUCGACUUGUCAACAUCGAGAACAUACUACGUUACUGGAUGGGGGGCAACUGUGAAUCAAGGUUCUGCCUCCAAUGAGUUACGUGAGGCUCAAGUCUCACUUAUAAGCAGGACAGUAUGUAACAGCCGGCAGGUUUAUAACGGCAUAAUCACAGACACCAUGAUAUGCGCAGGCACGCUGGAUGGUGGAGUGGACACGUGCCAGGGGGAUAGCGGGGGUCCUCUGGUCACUUCAGAGAAUUUCCUGUGGUGGCUGGUGGGAGACACAAGCUGGGGCCAGGGCUGCGCUCUCAGAAACCGGCCGGGUGUUUAUGGAAAUGUGACCACCUUUGUUGACUGGAUUUACAUGCAAAUGAAGGUGAGAACAUAAUAUAUUAAUCUGAAGUCUGGGAGAAAUGGAUGACCUCUUGAACCUUUUUUGUGCAGCUUCAUACAGGAUGGUUUGGAGAUAUUUUUUUAUUGUGCACUAGUGUUAUAUCCCAUGGAUUAGCUGUAUUUAAUAAUAAUUUCUAUUGAUUUAUGAUUUAUUUUUGUAAUAGGCUUUGACUUUGACUUAAGUCAGAUUUAUUUAUUUCCAAAAAUGCCUUGAAUGGGUAACCUGAAGAUUGUUGUUUUUAAUCUAUAUUCGUAUCAGAUACAUUUAGUAAUAUGCACAAAUCUGCAUAGCCGACAUGUUCUUUUUUUGGUGACUGUUUAAAGUUACUCAAGCUUUAUUUGCACAGGUCUUUUUUUUCCAAACACUCCCCCUGAACAAAGUGAGUUUAAAAACAGGGCAUGAGAAUAUGACAGAGAAAAUGUUUUUUGCUUUAUCUGCAGUGCUGUUAUGUCUCUAUAAAGAGCUAAUUGUGAUUUAUGUAGUGGCUGAGAAGCAUGUGAAAGUGCAAUAUAUUUCAUAAACACAAGGUUUAUGUAUGUGGCUCAAAUAAAAAACAAAAAAAAAACCUGAUUGACAUUAAUGAAUAUGAGCAUAGUAUUCCCUUUGUUUAUGUAUAUAUCAUAUCAGAUUACUGAUUUUUGUAAAUGAAUUAAAAUGAUUAUUGUACA